ACCAUAUGAUCAGCAGGCAUGGAUGUGCUAUGCAAUAUUUUCGGAGUGUAAUUACACGGACGAAAUUAAGAACUAUUAAGUUGCACAUACUACAUAUUUAUUUCUGUUCAUGGUGCCUUAACCCCCUUAACUUCGCACUGUGGUUGCUAAUCGUUCUUGACGUCUCACUUUUCUCGGACAGCAGCAACGGCGGAGCGGUUUCUUCAAGACGUCUGACGCUAUGGACGACGACGGGCUGUUUGACGAGGACCCUGAUUUGUACGAGAUAACGGAUUUCACAACAUCGACGGAAUGGGAAAGGUUCAUUGCUUCAGUGGAAGCAGUCAUUCAUGAAUGGAAGCUCACAACGUUAAAAACUGUAGAACCUUUGAAAGAGGGUGAGCUUUCUGGCACAAACUGGAAGACUUGCUCUGAGGACAUAAAGUUUGCCAACUUUGCAUUCAGAAUUACUAGACACUACUUACAAGAAGCAUCAAGAUGCAUAGAAGAAAGUCAGCAUCUUGAAGAUGAGCCAGUCCCCUUUGCCCUAGAAGACAUGAUGGCUUUAGGCAAUGAUUUUCCGCCCAGGGCUCAUUAUUUGGUUCGCUGGUUUGGCUUGCGAGACUUUCUAGUAAUAGUACCAAGCAGUGAAGAGGAAGCUAUCUCAAGUGACGACAGAACGAAACUUCUUGUCAGCUCUGUUUCUGUAGCUCUAAACAACUCAAAGUGUCCACUGCCAGCUUUUGUGCAGGUUCACCACCCUCAAGAGCGACUGUGCUUUGGCAUAUGUGUUGGGGGGGGACUGACGACGCACUUUGAGAUGGUGCAUCUUAACCAUGUCCCAAAGCCCUGCAGCAAUGUGUCUGGCCUCUUGUCACUCUUCAAAGGAAAACUGUCUUAUGCCUCACAACAAAGUCCAGCACCUAUUCAACUAACCAUUCGGUUUACCUACAUACUUCAAGAUUGGUCUCCUGCUUCAUGGCCUCAGCUUCCGCCUGAUGUUACUGAUGACUGGUUCGACACCGGCAAUCUCAAACUUGGGAAAUUGCCAUUUGGUGCCUUGGAAGAUCCCAUCUCGGAGCUGCAGCUUUCUGUUACCUGGCCCUCAGUUCCAGAGGAUGUAGUUGUGGAUAAUGAUGUGUACAGUGAUCUUCGACCUGAGAAUGCACCCAAGUGGUCAAUCCGAAUGCGAUGGAAAGAAAACCCCGACUGUCUCAUGGAAGAGUACCUGCGAAACUUCCUUGUGGUAUGCCAGAUGACUAAUUCAUUAGACAAUGUGCUCAAGACUAUGGUUGAGACAGAAGACCUCUCUGCAAAGGCGGAAAUACUUGAUGCAUUGGAUCGACUGGCCCAGCCCAGUGCUCUGCCUUUUCGAUUGCCUCAGCUGCCUCAGCCAGAGGUCUCUCCAGAGAGCUCGCACAACAUGCUACUACGAAAUCAGGAGCUGCUCAUUGAAAUUCUAGGCUACAUCUUCCUGUCUUCAGAUGCCACUCCUCAGGAAAAGAAUGUGCUGGCUGAAUCUCCUGAGAUAGAGUCACCUCCUGAGGCAGACACAAAUACUAAGCUCUUGGAACUCAAGGAAAGCCUGAAUUCAUUGAAGACAACACAUCCAAACAGUCUCCUUUGGCGCCUGGCCCUUGCGGCAGCACAUGUAUACCACGCCUGUGGUGGCAUCGAAGCACUUGCACAACUUUGGGUCAAAGUGAUUGCAGAGAUGCGUUACUACUGGGAAAACAACCUCACUCUUCCAAGUCUGGAGCCUGGCACACCAAACCUGGCUGCUUCAAUUCUCCACCAAAAACUUCAGAUGCUGAACUACUGCAUAGAAAGGAAGAAAAAACGAGACCGCCGCAACAUCGUCGCGGACGAGUCUGGCUCCCAGCCCAAGUCGGGGUCAAGCGAAAGCGACGAGGAUAUAUUCUACGAGUGUCCCGACGACGUUGCCGCAGAAGGUGACAAGGGCGAGUCCGGGGACAAUACUGCCACCGCGGGAAGCGGCUCGAAGGAGUCUGCGACAACCAGCACAGGAGAACAGGAAGGCGUGCGCGAGGGUGUACUGCGCCGGUGUGGCAUCAUGACGCUGCUUGGGAGCAGCGAGCCCCUCUACAUUCCUGUCACACAGGAGCCGGCUCCGAUGACGGAGGACAUGCUGGAGCAGCACGCCGAGGCGCUGGUCAAGCUGGGCAGCAACCCCGAGGGCGCCGUGCUGCGCGCGCGCAUGCAGAGCGCCUGCCUUUUCUCCGACAUGGAGGCCUUCAAGGCAGCCAACCCAGGAGCAUCACUGAGUGACUUUGUGCGCUGGUAUUCUCCACGUGACUGGGUUGCACCAGUAGUGGAUCAGACAACUGGGCAAGUAAUUGAAGAGGGCCACCUGAGUCAUCGUAUGCAGCUGCCUGGCAACACUUGGCAGGAGGUUUGGGAGACAGCACGCCCUAUGCCUGCACAUAGGCAGAAACGCCUUUUUGAUGACACCAAGGAAGCAGAGAAGGUGCUGUAUUAUCUGCUGUCACUUCAUCCAGCUGAGAUUGUGAAGCUGUUAAUACCAAUUUUAAUCCACUGUGCCUUAGCACACAUCAUUGACCAUGCCCAUGAAGGUCCUCGUUCUUUGACAACAUUCCUGGAGCAAACCAUAACUAAGGUGGCUUCACAGCUCAGAGGAAAGGAACCAAAGUACAAGGAACUUCUUAGCUUGCUCUAUGAAGCCGAAAUAGCAGUUGCACGAUGUGUCAGCCUCCGAAAGAAAUUCAACCUGGAUCACAGCACUGCAACCUCUUUGGACACAUCAUCUGGCAGUGAUGGUUCACAUCGUCGUCCCUCAAGUGCUUCUGGACAACCAAGUGGCACAAGAAGUCAGACUGCGGCAAUUGAUGUAAAUAAGUUUGUACUGGACCUCGUUGACAAUCCUGAAGUCUCCAUACCUGGUGCAGGCAAAGGCACCGUAGGGAAGCUAGUUUCUCAGCUUUUUGUCGACUCUAUGAAGUUGCAGGAAAGUGACACAGCUUCAGAAGUAGAAGAGGAUAACGAAUGCAAGUUCCCCAGGCCAGUGGCACGCGAGUACAUCCUACGCACAAGGCACAGUCGGCCAACACCUGCCUCAAGGUUGUCACCACAGCGCAUGUUCUGUGUCAUGGCAGGAAAUGACUUUCGUCUGGCAGGUGCAUUCACCCAUGACACAGUUUUCUACUAAUGUUCAGAGACUAUGGUUAUGUCUCUUCUCAAGUACUCACAUGUGUUUAUUUUUUGUGUUGAAGCUUAAUCUCUUCUCAUAUGUGAUAGCAUGCUUCGGUGGCAGCCUGGCUUUACCAGCAUCAAUUGUAGGCUUUGGUGGUGGCUGGAGUUGGUAAAUGCGAAACUUGUUUCUGUGUGUUACAAUUUUAAAUGGCAAAGCAUUCCUGCAUGAAAUUAUGGGAGAUUAGGACAAACGAAAUGACAAAGAAAAAAGCAUCAUAACCUAGAAUGUUUCAUUAGCAUAACUAUGAUAUUUGGCAUUUAGCCACAGUUGAUUAACACUGUACUAAAAUUUGGUACUUUCUAUUAGAAAUUAACUUAUUAUACAGUUUUUCUUAUUAACAGUUACUUUUUAAGUGGUAGAUGCUAUUUUCCCAGGGCACAUUUUUUUCUAAUUCAGCUUACUUCUAAUGUAAUUGCUUUGCUUGCAUAUUUAGGCAGCACAUUUUUUUUUUGUAAUGAGAACAGCCUUUCAUUGCAGAGUGACAUAUUGCCUACUAUUACAUGUGAUUUUUCUUUAUAUUUUACUUUUUGUUUGUAGUCAUGAGUGCAGUUAGCAGCAUUUAUGUGCAAUUUAACUUUUUUACUAAAUUAAUAUCCUUUUUUUCUCGUAGGCAUCAAAAUAACACGUAAUGGCACAAACAUACUACUGCCAAACUUUGAUUUAAUAAAGUAAUAUUUGGUGCCAAAAACUUCAUUAGGUCACCAUUUGCUCCCCCUCCCCCAUCUAGGAAUGCAAAUAAAAGCACUCCAGGAGUGCUUAGGAGUGGAGUUAGCAGUAUUUAACAGUAAUAAUAGCUUAUGGGUGCAGUUAGAAAGCCUAAACACUCAUAUAACCUGGUAGCAGAGCACAAUUACUUGCUUCACUUUGCAGGAUCCAGUGAGUUGUGCACAUCUCAGAAUGAUUUACACUAAAAUGAUUCUCAGAACAAGUCCUAUACAUUAGAUACUGUUUAUUGUCUGCUUUUUGUCGCUACAUGUAGAAAAAGGGCUGCAGACCACGUCAAGCCUCAAUGGCUUUUUUUUUUUUUUUUGUCCACGUACCUCAACAUCAAUGAUGUUGAAAUAAAGUGAAAUGAAUUCAAUAUAUCAAGUCAGGUGGAGAGAGUAGUUUCUAUAAGCGGCAUAGCAGCAUUUUGCUACUUUGUCACACAUGGUAUGGGAGAAAUCGUGGAGGAUCAUGAAGAUGCAAGUGCUGACAUACCUAGGUAUAUGGACUGUACGAUGAAGCAACAUAGGAUUGCUGAGCUCAGCAUGCAUAUGCCGAGAAUGUCGCCUGUAAUACAAUUGCACGGUAGUGUGAAGAAUACUGUCAGUCUUUUUUUUCUUUCCCAUUUGUUAACUUAAUUUUCAUGCAUGGUAGAAACAGACAAAAGCACACAUCAAGCGACAUAUCAGCCCACGUGUAGCUUUUGCUGUGCUUUGCUUUGCUGUGCAUGCAUUAAUCGCCUGUGACUGUGCACCAUGUCUUUACUGCACUGCAAUUAGAUCUUGAUAAUGGGGAGGUCAAUCAAACACAGCCAGACUUGCCUAUUACUUUUCCAUUGACGAGCCUGUUCAGUCUCUUCUGCUGGCAUGCUCUUGAAUGCUCCACAUUGGAAAGCAUAAAUUGCAUGCAUCCAGUAUGGGUAACAGUGGUACUAGGCCAAAAAAUGGCAUAUUGAUGCAUUUUGGUCACAUAUUCCACCUAGGUCCACUCUUAGAGGGUGUGGAAAUGAAUAUGUAAUACACGAAUACUUCAGUAAAUCGAGAAGAAUGGAUUGAAUUAUUGCUGCAUGAAAUUGAGGAAAAUAAUCUGUAAUCAUCUAUGGAGCCAUUACAGGAUGACUAAAAUGUUUUUCAAUUAAAAAUUUCAUUAUAUCGAAGUUUGUUGAAUCAAAGUUUGACCGUAGUAGCAACUGAACUUGUAGAAAUGCAAAAGCAGUGACUAAACUGCAUUGCCUAGUUGCCCUGGCAUUUGAGGAGACCUAACAUGUGCGUACUUGUCUAAAGAUUUGUCUGAAAACUGUUAGCAACAGUGCCAAUGAUAGUGCCUUGCUGACUAGGCUAGGCUAGGCUUUGCUAGGGCUCAAACUAGGCAGCACAGUUUGUAAAGGCAUUGUGUAAGAUUGCAUCGUGUCGCCAGCAAUCUGUAGCAUUAAAUGGAAAUGUAAGUGCAUCAAAUUGUAACACAGAAAAGUAUUGCAAUAUAUAACUUUAGAUUUUACUAUUUUCAUAGUGAAAAUCCGGUUACUUGAUUGCAAUGUGUGUUCACACUGUUCCUUACGCACUGGCUUCCACAGCCUCCUCAGUUGCGCUGACUAUUUGUACAGAUUUCAUAUUCUACUGAAGCAUCUGUAUUAAGUUUGUAACACAAAUGUUAAUGAUAGACCAUUUUAUUCACAGCAUCAUUCACUCAACCUAGCACCUCCAAUACAAGCAACCAGAAAGUACGCAGCACACUUCAACACAAAAGAUUUUAUGUUAAAAUUUGCCAGAUGCUGUCAUUAUGAGAGCAAUGCCUAAGGGCAACUGACACUUAUCAUCACAAUCCCAAGCUUGCGCACUAAAGUUCUAAUGCAAUUGAAAAAUUUUGUUUUCUUUUUGUUAUCAGUGUCUUAUCUCAGUCUUCUUGGACACUGUUCCUGCAGCACAUGCAUUUGAGGCAGUUCCUGUGGCAAAUGCAUGUGAUAUAUGUUGUCAUUAAUUGUGGCGAACAGUGAAUUUGCAUUCAAAGUUUGUCACACUGAUGUGCUGUACAGCAAGGAAUGUUCUUGUGGUUUCCCACUUUUGAAAGCAGUAGCAGCCAUGCCAUUACUUUCAUGUCCUUACAAGUGUUUCCACAUUGUUCCUCCAAUGUUGUUAUAGUUUUUUAAUGAAACAUGUACAUUGCUUUUAAAAUUUCAGCUGGUAGCGCAAAAAUGUGCAGCAAUGGGAUUUCACCACUGCUCUUGCAGUUAGUUUAUUUCUGGUGCUACCUGUCUGGCAUUGGCAUGGCGUUCUUUUCAAGGGUUGCAGGAACAUGGCAAACGUUUCCAUGCUGUCUUAUUCCAUGCACACUUUACAUAAGAACUGCAGAUCUGAAAAUGGAGCCACCUGCAUGUAGAUUUAUGAAAGCUUUGCAGCUCAUGAUGAAAGAGCGAUCUAACAAAAAUGACUCCACUGAAGGAUUACAGCUGUUAUUUUCGAGAUCCAUGUGUCAGAGAUUGAAAUUUGUCAUCUGCUAGCACUGAAAGUUCUACAUACCACCCGUAGAAAUAUCCUAAUGAUUGUUACUGUCUACAUAAAGUUAUAGUAUUUGUAGACAUUAACUUGACACUGCAUCUUUGUCUUGCCACAAUUACAGUGCCCUCGUAAUUGCUUCGUUCAGCCGUGAGAAAGAGCACACUGCUGUGGCCUCUCUAUGGCAGCACUCUACUUCCAUUGGGUUAUCUGGAUUCAGGCCUUGUUGAACAGUUUUGGAAAGGCCAAUCUGACAUUUGAAGUUUGCAAGUCUUUAUGAAAAAAAAAAAGAUGAACAGUGGCUCAAGGCACUUUAAAUGAAAAUACAGUCUGCAGUGUUGCCGAUAUUGCCUGCGUAAGUGAGCGCCUGCAUGCUUUUAGAGGACCUAAUGAGUUGCCUGACAAGUUUACAUAUGCCCGUCCUUUAUACUUUGUAUAGCAUAUGUUGCGAAGUGAGGCGAUAGAUUAAUGUAUAUAUAGGAUAGCACAGAACCACCAUCCAGUGUUUUAACAGUUAAAACAUUAAUAAGCUUGGAUAUUAUACAGUAGCAUGUUUAGUAAAGCAUGUGUUAGGGUACUCAGCUUAGCCAGACUUAAAUUUAGCAAUCCCAGGGUUUCAAUUUUGUCUACAUGAAAUCCAGGAGCUAUGCAACAAUAAAUUUCUGCAUAGACCAUGAUAAGCCCUCAUUCAGUGCUACUUAUGCCACAGGUAAGCUGUAGUCAGGUUUAACAUCAGAAAGAUAAACUACAAUCUUUGCCUGUGCCCUCAUCAUUACCAGCCAAUGUUUCUCCGUGAUAUGAAAAUAGUUUGUUGGCAAGGUUAUUCUCCAUUCUCUUUAGUAAUAGAAUUGCUAUUUGAAUGGUAUUAAAAUGUAAUUUUUUCACUUUAGGAGCUUAUUUCCUUCUGCUAACUUAUAUUGGCAGCAAAAGCUCCAACUUAUAUGCCAGUUGGCAUAAGUGAGAGCUAUCAACUUUGCGAAAUAUUAACUAAACAUUCCAGCUUUAAUUUGCAUACAUCCUUUGUCUAUAAUAGGGCUUAGAACAUGGCCAGUAAUAGAAAUGAGACUCCAUGAGCACAGCAGUACUGUAUGUUGUACUACAAAGAAAGGCAUAAAAAACAUUUGCAAUUUACAAAUGUACUUGCUGCAAAAUUUUCAAAGUAGCUGCUAUGGCACCAUUUUUAAAAGGACCUUUUGAAGUAGAUGUCACUUUUUGGCCAUGUAUGCUGUCAAAGUUGCCACAUGGUAAAGGGACUAGUGGAAGUUGGAGAUUCUAGCCAGGUCACAUACCUAGCGUGCUGUUCCAGAGCUGAAAACUAAAACAUGAAGCAGCAUAUGCACACACAAAGCACAAGUGCGCAACGAGAAUGAACAUACACUUGAAUGCAUAUGCUAAAAACUAUCUACAGUGUAUUUACUGAGGCACCAGUCCUCCAAAGCAAAGUCAAAUGCGCCUUCUUUGCCAGAUGUCAGCACUGCACUUAAAGUGUGUGUGACAAAAGCCUCCAGCACACUUUAAUAAUCACUUAUGAAUUCAAACCAGAAACAACCUGGCUUUAGCAUGUGUAGAAAAACAGAAUGUGUGUCAAGUUUGUACCUUCAAAAACAUGUUACAGCAAGCAUUCUUUAAACGGAGCUCGCAGGCAACUGUGACAUGUCUGACCUUAAGUGUACAUGCUGCGACUGCCUAAAAUUAACAAGCUCAUGUUCGUGGUUGUGGUUGUACUAACAAUGGACUAUUAAAGAUCUUGAAUUUUGUACUUCA